CUGGAGCCACUCACCGACCGACUGAGCGAAGGGUCAUCUGCCGAAGCGACGAGGGAAGGGAAAGAUACCGGUUCUGGUAACGAUACCUGCAUUGAGUAACGGUAACGCGGUCUUUUACGGUCAAGUGUGAGAUUCCGUGCCUCACGCCCUCACGCCAGAGAGCGUCUCUCGCCGUCAUCCUCCUCCUCCUCAUCAUCAUCAUCCUCAUCGUCAUUCGAGAAGGAGAAGGGACGCCGUCACUGACCCACCGAUCGGCACGAGAGGGGAACACAUCCGUCCGUACGACGGACUAAUACCAGCCCUUGGGCCAGUUCGGGAGCCUGGACCAGUCCCAUCUGAUGUGAAGCCGCGGAUAUGGACGGGUAGGCAGGAAGGAGGAGCGAGGCGGUCAUCGGAACAUAACGGAGGAGAGAGCGCGAGGACGAGGAGCAGGAAGAGGGAGGAGGAGGAGGAGGAGGAGGAUGAAUCCGGUGGAUGGAGCAGGAGAAACGGGCCCGGACGGCCUGGCUACAGCAGGGUCCAGUAAAAUGGAGUGUGUCCGGGCUGGUGACGUCCUGACAGUGCUUAGGGAGAAAGUGGCCUUUGUGUCAGGUGGACGGGACAAACGAGGAGGGCCGAUCCUGACCUUCCCAGCCAGGACCAACCACGAGCGAAUAAAACAGGAAGAUCUUAGCCGGCUAGUUACAUACCUGUCAACCAUUCCGAGCGAGGACGUUCGUGCUCGAGGGUUUACGGUGGUGGUGGACAUGCGUGGCAGCAAAUGGGACAGCGUGAAGCCGGUGUUGCGGACUUUGCAGGAGUCCUUUUCCUCCAACAUCCACACAGCACUGCUCAUCAAACCGGACACUUUCUGGCAAAAACACAAGACCAACCUGGGCUCUGCCAAGCUCAGCUUUGAGACCAGCCUAGUGUCUGUAGAAGGUCUGUCACGGUUGGUGGACCCCUCUCAGUUGACGUCCGACCUGGGGGGUUCAUUGGAGUACGAUCACGUGGAGUGGACUGAGCUGCGUCUGGGUCUGGAGGAGUUCUCAGGGGCUGCCACGCAGCUCCUGGCCCAGUUGGACCAGCUGGAGGAUGGGCUGACCAGUAUACCAGAACCACAAGAUGUUGAUGAAGCCCGCAGGGUCCUCGAUGAACACAAUCGUCUCCGGAACACCAUUGCGACAGCGCCAGUCGACGCUCACGACCGAGAGGGGAGGAGCUUGCUCCAGCGCAUGCAUCUCGGCCCCUCCCAAGGAGAUGCCUUGAGUGAAAGCGCGUUCGGGAGUCACGGCAGCUGGCUAUCAGGUGGGGCUGAUUUCCAAAGUGUGGCCCCGAAGGUCGCGUCUCUACUUGACCGCCUGCAGGCGGCUCGCACUCAGCUGCUGCAGAGCUGGAGUGACAGAAAAGUCCACCUGGACCAAGCACUGCAGUUACAUCUGUUUGAGCAGGAUGCCACCAAGAUGUCCGAGUGGAUUGCCAACAGUAAGGAGUUGUUCAUGCAGACUCUGGUGGAAGUCGGUCAAAACCACCAGCAUGCUGUUGACCUGCAAACCCAACACCAGCACUUCACCUCCAACGUGAUGAACGGCAGUGUGAACGUGGACAGUGUUGUGACUGUGGCCGUCAGGCUUGCAGAGGCUCAUCACUACGGGGCAGAGAGGAUCGCUAUGGUGUCCUCACGGCUCCAGGAGGACUGGAGGUCGCUGACAACAGCACUGGAGGAGCGCAGUAACACGUUAGCCAUGGCAACAGGCUUCCAUCAAGGCGCCGAGCAGUUUCUUGUUCGAGUGGAGGUGUGGCUUCAGACCUGCGCUGAGGCAUCGCUGCCAUCAGCAACAGCCGAGCUCGACAAAGCUGUGAAAAAACACCUGGAGCUGAACGAGGAGAUCUCGGCCAACUACACCCAGGUCAGCGAGAGUGGGAAAGCGUUACUGGACGUUCUCAACCGCUGCUCAGCAACGGAAUCUAACGACAUGCCACCUAAACCGGACUUCACUGCCGCCACGCAUGGCAUCAUGGGAGUUUUGCACCAGGUCAUGCAGGGUCAACAUGACGUGGAGAGCGCAUGGCAACACCGCAAGCUCCGCCUCCACCAACGCCUUCAGCUGUGUGUGUUUCAACAGGAUGUCAGACAGGUGUUGGACUGGGUGGAGCAGCAUGGCGAGGUCUUCCUCAAUAAGCACAGUGGUGUCGGGAAAUCGCUGCAUCGAGCGCGAGCGCUUCAGAAACGACAUGACGACUUUCAGCAAGUCGCUCAGAACACCUACACCAACGCAGAGAAGCUGCUCGAAGCAGCCGACCAGCUAGCUCAGUCUGGGGAGUGCGAGGAGGACGAGAUCUAUCAGGCUGCACGAGACCUGGAGCUCCGCAUGCAGGCGUUCAUUCAGAAGGUGGAGCAAAGGAAGAUGCUGCUGGACUUGGCCGUGUCGUUCUACACGCACACCAAAGAGCUGUCGUCAUGGAUGGAGGGACUCCAGAAGCAGCUCUCAGCCGACCUCUGCCUCGGUUCUGAAUCUGUGGAGGCCCUGCAGACCCUCAUGAACCAGCAGCAGCAGCAGCAGGCCAACACACAUGAGGCGGCCAUGAGUGUCAUUCGCGAAGGCGAAGACCUCAUCCUGCAACUCAGGCCUCAAGGCAGCUCGGUGGCCCAUGUGGAGUCAGUGCUGCAACAGCUUGAAGAGUUCCACGUUCAACUGGAGGAACUCUUCCAUCAACGGAAGAUCCGAUUGGAUGUUUACUUGCAGCUGCGCAUACUGCAACAGUGCAUCAUGGAGGUGAGUGGGGAGAUGGAUGCUUGGAAGCAGGAGCUCCAGAAACAAUCCCAGGACUUCUCUGCCGAGAAACGGCUUUCUGAAACAAACCAGGACAAGCAAAUGUCAGCGGCGUCACGGCUAGCCGAAGCUAGCCCGGAGGCGCUCACAUUAGCACAGCAGCGAAUUCACAGGCACAUGGAACGGAGGCUUGCUAUGAAUAACAUGAUCUAUGAGGUUGUCCAGCAAGGUCAUGACCUUCAGCAGUACAUUACUGAGGUCCAGGCGACAGGAAUUGAGCUGUCGGAGUUGGAGGGCGGCCUCUCCGCUCAGGUGGAGGAGCUGCAGCACCACAUGCAGGACAAACAGAAGGAAUUGCAGCAGAUUGCGGAUCACACACACACUCACCUGGAACAAAACCUGCAGCUCAAACACCUGCAGAACCAGGUCAAACAGGUCCUGGGUUGGAUCUCGGAGGGUGAGGUCAUGUUGUCGUCCUGCAUGUUGAACUCCAGCUGUUUGUCUGAAGCCGAACAGUUGCAGAGGGAACACGAACGCCUCCAACAGGCCAUCGAGGCUCUGCUCCACGCUGACUCCCUGCAGCGGACCCACCAGGUGGCGCUGGCGCUCCAGCAGCGAGCCGAGCUGCUUGUCAGGUCGGGCCACUAUGACUCGGAUGCAGUUAGGUCAUGUGCCCAGACAGUGGCGCUACACUGGCAGACGCUGAUGCUGCGGAUCGAAGACCGACUCAAACUGGUCAACGCCUCCGCCGCCUUCUACAGAACAUCACAGCAGGUUUGCGGCGUGCUAGAGAGUCUGGAACAGGAGUACCGCAGGGAGGAGGACUGGUGUGGCAGCGGCGACAGACAGCCUGAGCAUCUUCUGCCGCUCAUCAACAAGCACAUGGAACAGAAGGAGGCCUUUCUCAAGGCCUGCACGCUUGCAAGACGCAAUGCCGAAGUUUUCCUCAAAUACAUCCACCGCAACAGCGUCACGAUGGCCAACAUCUCUGGUCACAAUGUCACUGUGUCCGGGGUCACAGAGGUCACUGGCCACUCCCGAGUACCAGAGCAACAGGUCAAAGGUAUUCUCAGUGAGCUACUUCAGAGAGAAAACAGAGUUCUUCAUUUUUGGACAUUAAAGAAGCGACGACUCGACCAAUGCCAGCAGUAUGUGAUGUUCCAGAACCAUGCCCAGCAGGCGCUGGAUUGGCUGCAACAGUCAGGGGACCACUAUCUGGCCUCACACACAUCGCCGGGGGCAACGGUGGCGGAGACACAGGAGCUGCUGAACCAGCACAGAGAGUUUUGUGUGUCAGCCAAGCACACCCAGGAGAAGGUUCACCUGCUGAUCCAACUGGCUGAGAGCAUGCUAGCUAAAGGCCACGCCCAUCGACUGGAGCUUCGCCGCUGUGUUUCCGCCGUGGAUAAGCGAUACCGGGACUUCACCGUGAGGAUGGGCCAGUAUCGCCACAUGCUGGAGACAACCUUAGGAGGUUGCUCACAGGACAAUAAGGACUUGGAGCUGGAGCUGAUUCCCAACAGUUUGUCCGACUCGGACCCUGAGGUCAAUCUGUCUGACCCAAACCACCAGAUCAGCGACGAGAAGAGACGCUCGGCCCGCAAGAAAGAGUACAUCAUGGCGGAACUGCUGCAGACAGAGAGAGUCUACGUUCGAGACCUUCAAGAAUGCAUUGAGACGUACCUAUGGGAGAUGACGAGCGGCUCAGAGGACGUCCCAUCUGGUCUUAGCAACAAAGAUGAUGUGGUGUUCGGGAACAUCCAAGAUAUCUACGAAUUCCAUAACAGUAUUUUCCUGAAGGAGCUGGAGAACUAUGAGCAGCUCCCUGAAGAUGUGGGACAUUGUUUUGUCACCUGGGCGGACAAGUUCCACAUGUACGUGACCUACUGCAGGAACAAACCAGACUCCAGCCUACUGAUCCAGCUGCACGGUACUGGCUUCUUUGAGGAAGUCCAGAGGAGACAUGGGCUGGCAAAUUCCAUCUCGUCAGCGCUCAUCAAACCGGUUCAGAGGAUCACAAAGUACCAACUGCUGCUGAAGGAGUUGCUGGCCUGCUGCGAAGAAGGAAAAGGGGAGAUCAAGGAAGGCCUGGACGUGAUGCUGAGCGUUCCAAAAAGAGCGAAUGACGCUAUGCAUGUCAGCAUGCUUGAAGGUCUGGAAGAAGGUCUUGAGGUGCAAGGUGAGCUCCUCUUGCAGGACUCCUUUCUCGUUUGGGAACCAAAGUCUCUAAUCAGGAAGGGGCGUGACCGACACCUCUUCUUGUUUGAGCUGUCACUGAUCUUCAGUAAGGAGAUGAAAGACUCAUCAGGACGAACCAAGUACCUUUACAAGAGCCGCCUGAGGACAUCAGAACUCGGUGUAACGGAACACAUUGAAGGGGAUCCUUGUAAAUUCGCCCUUUGGGUCGGAAGGACGCCAACCUCAGACAACAGGACGGUCCUGAAGGCCUCGUCCUUGGAGCUGAAGCAGGAGUGGGUCCGCAGCAUUCGACAGGUCAUUCAGGAGAGGCGAGGUCACCUGCGGGGGGCUCUGAGAGAACCCAUCCCACUCCCAAAGACGCCCAAUCUGACUCUUGGGCGCCAGCGCAGCAUCACACGCAGAGAGACCAGCGAGGAUGCCGACAGCCUGGGUGAUGCCAGCAGUCAGCCCGACACCGUAUCCAUCGCCUCCAGGACCUCCCAAAAUACUGCAGACAGCGACAAGCUGUCGGGAGGCUGUGAGUUAGUGGUGGUGUUGCUGGAUUUCUCCUCGACGUUGCCCGGAGAGCUGAGUGUCCGGUGCGGUCAGACGGUGGAGCUGGUGGAGCGCUCAGUGGAGAGACACGGUUGGUGUCUUGCCAGAACCACGGAUCAAACCCCACAACAGGAGGGUUUGCUACCGAUGAGCGCCCUCUGCCUGUCACACUCCCACAGUGCGGCCGACAUGGAUACGCUGGUCUCCGCUUCCCCCGCCUCCUCGGGAAACGCCCCCUCCUGCACCACUACGCCAUCUUUCAACGCCUCCAAUUCAUCUUCUAUAGCAAGCACCGGGAAGGCGGAGUCCGGCCAGUUCAACCCUGAGACACCCGGGCUGCACACUCAGCCAAGUCAAUGUGGGACGUCCCCUGUAGGCUACAAUGUGGGCGGGGCACCAGGAGGUGCUGCCAGUUCACCAGUUCCGAAACGUAGUGGCUCGGGAACUGGAAAUACACUGAAGCGCUGGUUGACGAGUCCAGUUAGGAGGCUGAGUCAAGGAAAAGUGGACGGACAGAAAAAAGCUCCAAUCAGAAACAGGAGGCGGGACAAUCGACCAGAAGCGACCACGCCCCUCACAGGCAAUUCAGCAACGAAGAUCAAAAAGGAGGAAGAAGGACAAAGCGGAGGAGAGGAGGAGCCGGAGGAAGAAAGCCACACCCCCUUACCACCUCCCAUGCAGAUCAUUAAAGAUCCCAACAACCCAGAGGCUCUUGACUCCGACCAGAGCUCCAACGAGUCGGACAGCGAGCAGCGAACCAAAGCUCUACGGGGGCGCACGUUUGUGGUGAAUGAGAUGGUCCAGUCUGAGAAGGACUACGUGAAAGACCUGGGCGUCAUCGUUGAGGGCUUCAUGUCGAGGUUGGACGUCCGAGGGAUCCCGGAGGACAUGAGAGGAAAAGACAAGAUUGUUUUUGGAAACAUCCAGCAGAUCUACGACUGGCAUCGAGAUUUCUUUGUGGUGGAGUUGGAGCGUUGCAUUCAGAACCAAGACCUUCUGGCAGACCUCUUCAUCAGACAUGAGCGUCGCCUCCACAUGUACGUGGUUUACUGCCAGAACAAGCCAAGGUCAGAGUACAUCGUCAUGGAGUACGAGACCUUCUUCGAGGAGAUCCAGCAUGAGAUCAGCUGCAGGAUGUCCAUCAGUGAUUACCUGAUCAAGCCCAUCCAGAGGAUCACCAAGUAUCAGCUGCUACUAAAGGAUUUCCUCAAGUACACAACCAAAGCCGGGAUGGACUCUGAGGAGAUUGAGAAAGCCCUGGAGCUGAUGUCGCUGGUCCCAAAGCGCUGCAACGACAUGAUGAACCUCGGCCGCUUGCAGGGGUACGAGGGGAAGUUGACCUCCCAGGGUAAGCUCCUGCAGCAGGAAACGUUCUGCGUUUGGGAGCAGGAUGGAGGAGUUUUGUCUCGGAGCAAAGAGCGCCAUGUUUUCCUGUUCGAGCAGGUUGUUAUCUUCAGCGAACUCCUGAGUAAAGGAUCCAACAAUCCUGGAUACCAGUUCAAAAACAGUAUCAAGGUGAGCUACCUGGCCAUGCAGGAGAGCGUGGAUGGAGACCUCUGCAAGUUUGUGUUGUGGUCUCGAGGCUCGGCGGCACGCUUCACGCUGCAGGCCUCCUCAGCCAGCAUCAAGACCACCUGGGUGGAGAACAUCACCGCCCUGCUGGAGGCUCAGAACAACUUCCUGUCUGCCCUCCAAUCUCCCAUCGAGUACCAAAAGAAAGAAGGCGGGAUAUCAGUGACCCGGCCACUGUCAUCGGCGCGAUCCCCUUCAGCCCCGCCCACACCAAAUGGCCACGCCCCUCAGCCAGAAAUCGAUCAAGACAGCCAGGAGUUGGUGCUGGUGCUUCAGGACUUUGUGGCCGUCCGUGAAGAUGAGAUCUCGGUGUUCCGGGGCGAGAAGGUCCAGAUCCUGGCCUCCAACCAGCAGGGUCAGAGCCUCGUGUAUCGACCGGCCAACAGCGACUCGCCGGCAGCCGAAGGAUGGGUGGCGCGCAGCGCACUCGGCGCCCAAUGACGCGCACACGCACACACACGGACACACAAGCAUGGAAACACACACACACAGACACACACAGACACACACAGACUCACACAGACUCCCUGUAGCAGGUCCUGUUAGAUCCGCCCUCGUUCCCCGUUGUUUGAAAAUAGAGUGAAAACACAAAGUCGUCAUCUAAUCAGGACUCUCGCGUGCUGAUGACGUCGUCCUUUAGUCUCCACCCCCAGACUGGUGUUCCAGGAGCCUGCGGUUGCUUAGCAACUAGAGACACUUUUUAAAAGGGGUCAAAUUCCCUGGAUGCCUGGCAGUGACCGAUUCCUCCGUGUGGCUCCUCCCCCGUCAUGUGACUAGCGUGUAUAAAAUGGACCGUGAGGGUGCGCAUGCACGCAUCCACACUCUGCUUAGAUGACGAUGAAAGGAGGCGACCACGACUAAUAGGAUCGUUUUUUCACCACAGUAGGCAAACUGUAGUGUGGACGUGUCAGAGUAAUCAUUGCCGCCAUCUUGUAUGUUUUAUGUCAGGUGAUGCCUCUUCUCGCAUUGCCAUGGCGACCACGUUGUGUUGGUGGUCACACCAUUUUUUCUUUUUGUCGUCUCCUCCUCCUCACCACAAUGGCCGUAGUAACCAGUGAUGGCGUCGCCAUGGCGACGUCGUUUGUGCAGCUCUGCUCACUUUGGAUGUUCUGAUGAUGCGUUUCUUGUUUGUGUUCCUAAAUGAGACCGCUGGACACUGUUUGUGUACCAGUCCAACUCCCAGUCUGCCAUCUUGUCCAGCACCAAUUCCUGAUUUCUCAUGUCCGAUGUCGAUACGUCAAUACCGAUGUCGAUAGCGUCAAUACCGAUGUCGAUACGUCAAUACCGAUGUCGAUACGUCAAUACCGAUGUCGAUAGCGUCAAUACCGAUGUCGAUACGUCAAUACCGAUGUCGAUACGUCAAUACCGAUGUCGAUAGCGUCAAUACCGAUGUUGAUAUCGUCAAUACCGAUGUCGAUAGUGUCAAUACCGAUGUCGAUAGCGUCAAUACCGAUGUUGAUAUCGUCAAUACCGAUGUUGAUAUCGUCAAUACCGAUGUCGAUAGCGUCAAUACCAAUGUUGAUAGCGUCAAUACCGAUGUCGAUAGCGUCAAUACCGAUGUCGAUACGUCAAUACCGAUGUCGAUAGCGUCAAUACCGAUGUCGAUACGUCAAUACCGUCUUUGUACGUCUUCAACUUCCUGUCUUACUUCCUGCCUGUCCAGCCUGGUCGUCUAAAGCGCUUUUUGUCCCGUUCUUCCCAAACGUCUGGUUUCCCGUCCACCUCUCUUCCUGUUUAUCGGAUUCUCCUGGUGCCAUUCUCAGACAACACCCUCGUCCUUAAGGAACUAUGCAGCCUGAAAAAGUAGUCCUGGUUUUAAGGUAGAAUGUAGCGCUGGAUUUUUGACACUUUUCCAGUAAAGUGUGGUGCACUACGUUGGGGUCGGAAUACAAGAGACAAUUGGAAUUGGAAGCGGAAGAUGGCCAACUCCAAAGUGGAGGAAGACGGAGCGCGGUGACUUCAUUUCAAGGGUUCAGGAAAGACUGUUGCAUGGCCGAUGCUUUGAGAGGGAAUAAAGCGCUCGACGUUUGAUGGAGGCCUAAACUAGCUAGCACUAAAAGGUGAUGAAAAGCACACGACGAAGGCUCGAGUUGGGAAGCUGCACGCUGCACCAACCUGGUGAUGGCGUCCGACUGAACCAAGCAACCAAACAGUGUUAUUUCUACAACUCUAACAGCUGCUAAAAGUGACUACUAACAGCUCCGUGUCAAAUGUUUGUAAUAAACUUCAUUUUUCAUCCAACAUCAUGUUCUUUCUGUCGUGUAUGGGAGC